AUGGCUCCAACACGUAGGCACUCCGAAGACACGAUCCCACAUCAUCCCACGGCAGUGCACUGGAAGACCUCGGUAGACAUUAGGUUAAAUAGCGGUCUGCUACCGCAAUACAUUCCUUCAGAAGACUCAAUAGAAUUCCCUCAGUCCUCCCCAGGGCCCCGUCCCCUAUUCGACUGUCCCUACAGCUCAUAG